GGGACCGCGCGCUUCAGUCCCGGGAGCAUCCCCGACCCCGGGACCGAGACGCCCGCCUCUCUGCCCUUCCGACUCUCUCCCGCGGUCGGGGCCAGCGGCUCUGGUAGCCGGCCUGCCCGUGGAGUGGUUCUGCGGGCCCCAGCGCGGGGAGACAUGCCCGAAUUCGGGAGCGCCGUGACUCCCAGCCUCCCGCUUCACCCGGGGAAACGGGCUCGCUGAAGCCGCAGCCAGGAGGGGGACCAUGGGAGGGACGCAAGUGAAAUGCCUGACUUCACCCAGUCCUAUCCACAGUGCAAAGAGCGAAUCCAUUAUAACUCAGUCGGAGGAGAAGGCAGAUUUUGUGAUGAUUCCCGCUGAAGGAAUAGAGAACAGAACAGAGGAGACAGACUCUCCGUUCUCCCGAGACUGGCGCCCGGGCAGCCCUGGAACCUACCUGGAGACCUCAUGGGAGGAACAGCUGUUGGAACAACAAGAACAUUUGGAAAAAGAAAUGGAGGAAGCAAAGAAAAUGAUAUCAGGAUUACAGGCCUUACUGCUCAAUGGAUCCUUACCCGAAGAUGAACAGGAGAGGCCCCUGGCCCUCCUUGAACCAGGAGUCAAUCCUGAGGAACAACUGAUUAUAAUCCAGAGUCGUCUGGAUCAGAGUAUGGAGGAGAAUCAGGACCUAAAGAAGGAGCUGCUGAAAUGUAAACAAGAAGCCAGAAACUUACAGGGGAUAAAGGAUGCCUUGCAGCAGAGGUUGACCCAACAGGACACCUCUGUUCUUCAGCUCAAACAAGAACUGCUGAGGGCGAAUAUGGACAAAGAUGAGCUGCACAACCAGAACGUGGACCUGCAGAGGAAGCUAGAGGAGCGGAACAGGCUCUUGGGAGAGUAUAAAAAGGAGCUGGGGCAGAAGGAGCGCCUCCUCCAGCAGCACCAGGCCAAGCUGGAAGAAGCCCUCCGGAAGCUCUCUGAGGCCAGUUACCAGCAGGUGGACCUAGAGCGGGAGCUGGAACAGAAAGACGUCCUUUUGGCUCACUGUAUGAAAAGAGAGGCAGAUGAGGUGACCAGCUACAACAGUCACAACUCUCAGAGCAAUGGUUUUCUCCUUCCAGUGGCAGGAAAAGGAGCUGCUUCCGUCACUCACAAAGGGACCAGCGACCUGCAGCUCGUUCGCGACGCGCUCCGCAGCCUGCGCGGCAGCUUCAGCGGCCACGACCCUCAGCAUCACACCAUCGACAGCCUGGAGCAGGGCCUCUCCAGCCUGAUGGAGCGCUUGCAUGCCAUGGAGACCCAGAAGAAGUCGGACAGAAGGGUUCGGGGCAAGUCACCCAGAACUCAAGCAGGUAGUGAAUACCGGGAGUCCUGGCCCCCUAAUUCAAGGUUGCCUCACUCACAGAGCUCCCCGGCUGUCAGCAGCACCUGCACGAAAGUGCUCUAUUUCACUGACCGGUCACUCACACCCUUCAUGGUCAACAUACCAAAGAGGUUGGGGGAGGUGACACUAAAGGAUUUUAAAGCAGCUAUUGACCGGGAGGGAAAUCACCGGUACCACUUCAAAGCGCUGGAUCCUGAGUUUGGCACUGUCAAAGAGGAGGUUUUUCACGAUGAUGAUGCCAUCCCUGGGUGGGAAGGGAAAAUUGUCGCCUGGGUGGAAGAAGACCAUGGAGAGAAUUAAUGCUGAGUGUUGGAUUGGGGGCUCAUGGAACUUGGCACCCCCUGGCUGUUUCACUCAGGAAAGAGGACUAAAACCAGAAUACACAAAGAAGUUUCUAGUUUGUGCUGCCAAAAAAGAAGCUUCUCCAAGUGUGACAGCCCCAGGCCAGGACUGUUUCUGUGCCUGGCUUAUGUGGUACUUAAAAUCCCUGUCCACCUGUAGACCAUGGGUUCAUCUGGAGUUCCUUGUCCGUGGGAACACAGUGUUUUAUUCUACUCUGAGGACAACAAACCGAAGGCCUUAACCAGUGGGAAUGGAUGAUCCCGCUCCUGUCGGGGCAUGGCUGCUAUUAUCUGGAAACUGGGAAUUGGAUGCAUCACUCCUGUGUGUUACAGUAUUACUUUAAUUGGCCUCAAUAGUUGCAGCAAUCAGAGUCCCAGCAUUUGUACUCACAGACAAGGCAAAGGUACCAGCUUUUUUGCUUCUUUGCAGCUAUUGCAAACCAAGAGGAACUCCUGAGGUGGUACCAAAGAUGAAAGCCCACUCUUCAGGAAGUUUUUGGAUCGGGCAUGGAUGGUGCUGAAUUGUUGAUUGGAUGGAAAAAGGGCUGCCCAUGUUGUGCUAUACUUC